AUGUCUCAAGCUGAAUUUGAUAAAGCUGCUGAAGAUGUAAAAAACUUGAGCAAAAAACCAUCGGACGAUGAUUUACUUAAACUUUAUGGUCUUUUUAAACAAGUAACUGCUGGAGAUAACAACACAAGCAAACCAGGCAUGUUUGAUCUUAAAGGCAAAUACAAAUGGGAAGCUUGGGAAGCCAACAAAGGAAAAGGCAAAGAAGAUGCUCAAAAAGCAUAUAUUGCUUUAGUUAAAGAACUUCAAGCUAAACAAUAA